UUCUUCGACCCAAUCCAUUCCCCAUACUCUCCCCCUCCCUUUCGCUCGCUUCAAGUCAUCGGCGACCCUUCGUGUGCUGUGCCUCUAUCGCUUUGUACAUUCGCCCACCUGCAGGAAAACUACGCAUACACACAGCAACAACAACGUAUGUCAAGGCAUUCUUCGACUUUUGACCGCAGGACAAACAAGCAGGACAAGGUUAUUUCGAAAUCAAAAAUGACUCUCCUCUAUGUAUCCGUCCUAUCGCUCUUCGCUGCUGUGGUCUGUGCCCAGCCGCAGACCGUGCCCGCGCGCGCGACUAAAGCUAUCGCCCUCAUCGGAAACGAUGUUUAUCUUUAUGGAGGGUCAGCAAGCACGGGCGAAUGCUUUUCAGAUCUCUACAGUCUUCAUCUCGACCCAGCAAACGGAUGGGUGGCAGGACAAGCUCCCUGGAACAACAUCGAGCAAGGCAGCACACCUUCCCCUGCCCUUAGUACGAAUUCGUGGGCUGUAGGGUCAACAGAUGGAUUGUCACUCCUAUUCUAUGGUCAGUCCCUGUGUCCGCAGAAUAUGGACAAGGACGCAAAUAGUUCACACACUCUCACAGUCAGCUCCGGGUCUGUCCAAUUCCAUUCACAAGGCGGUCAGUGGUCCCAGACAGGCACAGCGGCCGAUGUUCUCGGACCUCGUCUCGUCAAGGACGAUAUGCCGGUCCCUGUGCAGGUCGUCGAUAUCCAAAAUCAUAUGGCAUAUACGUUUGUCUAUGACGCCUUCAAUCCUCAGUUGGGCAUGCAACUGUGGUCCUUCUCGACAGAUAACCCUCCUGCUAAUAUUGCACAGUCUGCAAAGAACACAACUAUGUUGACAACUCGGCCUCCGAGACCACUCCCUCCAACCAAUGGAACGAAUGAAACAGUGCCAACGUCUCCACCAACAACACAGACUGUGCUGGCCCCAUUUGUGGACGUGGGUUGUGCGAUCUACCACAGUGGAACCAUUAUUGUGAUUGGAGGUGGAAGGACAACAGGCGUAGCACUGACCGGAGAUGGUGUGGACUCAGCUUCUGGGUGGUACAAGAUGGACCGCUGUUGGGUAUACACUAUUGCCACGAACGAGUGGAAUAUCCGCAACUUGACUGCCCCCGGUGGCUCUUUUCCCUUGCCCAGACGUCUCGCUGCCCUUUUGACGGGUAAGUCCCUUCGUGGGUCAGAAGCCGGAAAACAUGACUCAGGCUUAAGGGGAUGCUAACCGAGCAUUUACAUAUCGUGGCGGAUCGAACCAUAGUUGAGGACAAGAUUUACAUGCAUGGCGGCAACACGACACAGACCGUGGCUACGGACUCUUACGCGAAAGACCUCUGGAUCCUGGAUACCACGACAUGGCAAUGGACUAGUGGACCCAGCUCUUCUUUUGGUCGUGCUUCUCAUACCCUGAUCAAUACUAACAACACCUUGUUGUCUCUGUCCGGAUUCGAGUUUGAGACCUCCAAGACCAAGGCUGCACAAA